CAAGUGCAUAUCUACUACAAUAUCGUUUUCAGAUUUGAAAACUUGUCAAUUGCUCUUUUUACACGCAAUUGUGAGCCGUGAAAGAGACAGGACAUUGAGAGAACCCCGCUGGGCUCGUGCGCUGUUGAUAAGAGCUGGGAUCUUGGAGCGAUAGCGGAGUAGAGGCAUUGAGAAGUUGAAGGCGCCGAGAAAGCAAUUAAAAUGGUUUCUAAGGUCGAUCAAGAGAUAGAACACCCCGAGUCCGGGUCAGGGAGAAUAGCAAAGGACCUUUUCGCAGGCGCAGUAGGAGGUGUAGCACAGGUCCUCCUUGGUCAACCUUUCGACAUCGUCAAGGUCAGGUUACAAACCACAUCACAAUACUCCGGUGCCCUCAACGCUGCCACCAGCAUCUACAAGAACGAGGGGGCUCUUGCUUUCUACAAGGGCACACUGACACCACUGAUUGGUAUUGGAGCUUGUGUAUCCGUCCAAUUUGGUGGCUUCAACUUCGCGCGCCGUUACUUCGAGGCUCAGAACACAGCAAAGACCGGCAGCGGCGCAUUAUCAUACUCGCAAUACUACGCCGCCGGUGCUUUCGCCGGUAUCGCGAACACCGUCCUCUCCUCACCUAUCGAGCACAUCCGUAUCCGACUGCAGACCCAGCCCAGCGGGUCCGCCCGUCUUUACAAUGGCCCGAUCGACUGCGUGCGCAAGCUCUCUGCACACCAAGGCGUGCUCGGCGGUGUAUACCGCGGAACCGCCGUCACGUUCCUCAGAGAAGCGCAAGCCUACGGUGUUUGGUUCACCACCUUCGAAUACCUAAUGAACUCCGACGCCGCGCGCAACAACAUCAAGCGCGAAGACAUCUCGACCCUGAAAGUCGCUGCAUACGGCGGCCUUGCGGGAGAGAUGCUCUGGAUUAGCAGCUACCCGUUCGACGUUGUCAAGAGCAAGAUGCAGAGCGAUGGAUUCGGGAAGGAUCAGAAGUACAAGAGCAUGCGCGACUGCUUCGCUAAGGUGUGGGCGCAGGAAGGUGCAAGGGGCUUUUGGAAGGGCAUUGGACCGACGUUAUUGAGGGCUAUGCCGGUUAGUGCUGGAACGUUUGCGACGGUUGAGGUUACUAUGCGUAUGAUCAGCUAGACGAAAGAGUCGGGUUUGCGAGGGAUUUGAUAUUGGACUGGGAUCUUAAAACAUGCCAUCGAGGGAUGGGUUUUUGGAAAACCGGAUAUUUCACGGCAUUGAGAUAUAAGCUACAAGUUGAGAUUGCGACUAUAUAUACA